UUCGACCAGAGCACAUCACGAUCUACUUGUGGCCGAAAUAUGAGACCAAACUAUUUAGAUUAAGAUACUUGUUUUGCUUGGAAGCGGAAUCUUUGAUGAGUACAGUACAAACACUUACCUAAUAUUGACAUACAACUCAUUCAUUCUAUGAAUGGAAUAAUACUUGUUUAUUAAAAUGAACAAAAUAACUCCAAAGUGUUAUUGUGUUCAUAAAUAAGUGAUCUGUGUCUUGAACUUUUGAAUAAAAUCUUUUUGACAGGGAAGAAAAAAGUUAUUUUUAUGAACUUCAAGUAAUUUAAAUAUGCUGUAAUACUUUCCAAAUUCUUAAAUUUUUUCUCUUACAUGUAGAUUCGAGAUAUAGUAAGUAUUGGUGAUGGUGGUCGAUGUAUUAAAGAAUUACGUCAAAUAUUAAAAAUAAAAGAUGGUCGUGUUUAUAUUGUUAAUGAACGUCAACGUUGGAUAGAUAUUAUUGAACGAAAUAGUUUAUUUUCUAUAGGCAACUUUAUUCCUAAUAAUUUUUCAAAUCUAACCGAUGUUCCUAUUCCGAGUGAAUCAAUUGAUCUUGUUGUUUGUUAU